AUGUCUACCACCACUGAGACCCAGAACAAGAACGGCCAGGACAACGCCGCCGUCGCUGCCGACUCUACCGCUAGCACUCAGCCCACCCCCGAGGUCGAGGGCUACAGGGUCUACGUUGGAAACCUUGCCUUUGCUGCCACCGAGGCCGAGGUCCGCGAGCACUUCUCUAAGGUUGGGGGUGAGAUCCUCUCGGUGAUCCUCCCCACCCGGUUCAAGAGCCGCCGCCCCGCCGGUUACGCCUUCGUCACGUUCAAGGACGAGGCUGACGCCAACAAGGCUGUUGAGACCCUCAACGAGACCGAGAUCGGCGACCGCAAGAUCCAGCUCCAGGUCGCCCGCUCGAAGGAGGAGAACGCUGAGCGCAAGGCCGAGAUCCUGGCCAAGCGCAAGGAGGCAGCCGACGCCAAGCGCAAGGAGAACGCUGAGCGCAAGGCCGCGGCUAAGGCCGCCAAGGACGCUGAGAAGGCCCAGUCUAGCGCCCAGGCUGGCGGCGACACGACUGCCGUUGAGUCGGACAAGUCGACGUCCAAGGCCACCAAGUCCAAGAAGAAGAAGGCGACCAAGACCAAGAACAGCGGACGCCGCCGGGGGCCUGACGACGACGACGACACCGCUGUCGAGGACGACAAGGACUCGUCCAAGGCAGUGUCCAAGAAGAAGACCCCCAAGGAUGCCCGCAUCGAUGGGGGCGAUGAGGACAAGGAGGCCAAGCCCAAGAAGGAGCCCAAGGAGCGCAAGCCCCGCCUUCAGCUGACUGGCGAGAACUCCAAGAACACUGUCUUCGUUGCCAACCUUCCCUUCACCGUGGAUGAUGAGAAGCUUGCCGAGCUGUUUAGCAACCUCUCGAUCAAGGUCAAGUCGGCUCACGUCAUCAAGGGCAUUCGUCGACUCCCCGGUCGCCGCCCUUUCCGCGGCUCGAAGGGUUUCGGUUUCGUCGAGCUCGAGGACCCCUCGCAGCAGGACGAGGCUGUCGAGAAGAUCAACGGCUCUAACAUCGGCGACCGCAAGGUCACUGCCAAGGUUGCGCAGGAGAUGAAGCCUAUUGAGGAGAUCCAGGCCGAGCAGGACAAGAAGGACAAGGAGGAGGCUGCCAAGUCUGGCGGUGCUACGCCCACUCCCGCUGAGCCCGCUACGUCCAACGCUGCGGCCUCCCCUGCGCCCGCGACCGCCACGGCCGCUUGA